UAUUUCCUAAUAAACGACGGCUAUUUUGUUAAGAAAUUGCCGUAUUUAUAUCCUCGUUAUCUUUCAUGGCCGAUCUCCAUUUUCCCGCUUCGCGUCUGCUUCUGAAAUCAGUGGCCCUUUGUUACUCUAGAUAAACCCUAAUUUAUCUGAAGAAUCGAGAAAUACAUAGUAGAGAAUUUAAGCAUUUGGAAACCCUAAUUACUCGUUCUGAAGAGUUCGGAGAAACCCUAGUUACUGGUUCCAAAGAACCAUUUAACCAUGGAAGCUGGCGCUUGCUUCGCACUAUCAACACAGGUUCCGCGUUACGUUUCUUCACAUUGGAGAGGGCCUUCUUUCUCCCAAUUUCAUUAUUCUAAUUUAUGGAGUAAGAAGAAUAAAAAUGGAGUUUGUUACGGAGAGAGUUGCUUGCGAGAAAUUUAUUCGCCCAUUUAUACAAGUUUCAAAGGUUAUAAUAUUUCUUUGCCUCAUGGUUCUUUUCGAUCUCGUACACCAAAGUUGGCGGCCAUAGUUGGUGAUACAACUGCUGCACCAGAAGAUUGUGAAGAGCAUCCAGUUCCAUCUAGUGAUACAUCCACUGCAAAGAGUCCUUGUACCAUAGAGAACUCUGCAAAAGAUCAAGAAGUUGGGUCUGUUAGCAAAGAAGAUUGGGUUGGCUUAGAGGAUCAUAAGAUGAUUAGAGUUUGUGAUAAAUUGAUAGACGUUUUUAUGGUUGAUAAGCCCACAACAACUGACUGGAGGAGGUUAAUAGCUUUUAGCAAGGAGUGGAGUAACAUUAGACCCCAUUUUUAUAGGCGUUGUCAGGCUCGAGCAGAUGCUGAGGUUGAUCCUGGAACAAAGCACAAAUUACUUAGGCUUGGAAGGAAAUUGAAAGAGAUUGAUGAUGAUGUGCAAAGGCAUGAUGAGCUUUUGGGAAUGAUUAGACAAAAUCCAUCAGAGAUAAAUGCUGUCGUUGCUAGGCGUCGCAAAGAUUUUACGAAGGAAUUUUUUGAGCAUCUUCAUACUGUAGCAGAAUCAUAUUAUGACAAUCCUGAUGAACAAAGUGCUCUGGCAAAGCUGGGAGAUACAUGCUUGGCUGCAGUACAAGCAUAUGAUACUGCUUCUGAAAGCAUUGAGGCUCUGAAUGCUGCUGAGUUGAAGUUCAAUGAUAUAAUAAACUCCCCAUCAUUAGAAGUGGCAUGUGGAAAGAUAGAUGCUUUGGCAGAGAAGAAGCAACUUGACUCAGCAUUGAUGUUGAUGCUCACCAAAGCCUGGUCUGCUGCCAAAGAGUCGACCAUGAUGAAAGAUGAGGCAAAAGAUGUAAUGUAUCACUUGUACAUGACUGCAAGAGGAAACCUUCAGAGGCUUAUGCCUAAGGAGAUAAGGAUAAUUAAGUACCUUCUUACUAUUGAGGAUCCCAAGCAACGGCUCUCUGCUCUUCAAGACGCAUUUACUUCUGGAGAAGAGCUUGAAGGAAAGGAUGUUGACUCUUUGUAUACAACUCCAGAAAGACUAUUCACAUGGGUACAAACUGUCCUGGAUGCCUACCGCUUCAGCAGAGAAGGCACACUCAUCAGAGAGGCCAGGGAUUUGAUGAGCCCAAAAAUCAUUCAGAAGCUAGAGGAACUCAAGAAAGUUCUCCAAAACAAUUUCAUGUAACAAACAGUUGAUUGUUCAUCAUCUAUUAUCUCCCUCCAUGGAGGCUAGCUCUUAGACCCUACACAUGGCAAACCGAGGUCCUAAGCCGAAAUUGAAAACUAAACUUCUGGCUUUAAAAAAUGCUAGGCCCUGAACCUUUUAAAGCAAACUCCAAACAGAUAAAUCCUAGAAGCUGUGGAACGUAAAUUUUGGCUCCUGAAAGCCCAUGAAUUGAAACUUAAAUGAAGAAGUUUGAAACCUGGAGUUCCCUGAACCAUGAAGCAGCUUUUGUUGAAUAGAUUUUGUGUUUAUUAUGUACCUCAAGUAUGAAGCAGCUUUUGCAUAAUAUUUUGUUCUGUAAAUUGUGUAAAUGCGAGGAGAAUCAGUUACAGAUUCUUUUGAUGUGGAAGGAUAAUUUUGUUAUCAUGCUGAGAGAUUAUACAGUAUGUGCAUGUAAUGAUUCAUCGA